AUGGCGUUAGAUUUUUCGGAAAAUAUAAAAAAGGAAGUAUAUCAAAAACUUAUUUCGUUAAAAUUAGAUAUAGCAACUAGAUAUGAUAGGUCCAUAUUGGGGAUCAAUAUUCAAUUUAUAAAUAACGGAAAAAUAAAAUUAAGGACUCUAUGCAUGAAAGUGAUUAAAGAACGACACACAUCAGAAUAUCUUAAAAAAAUUAUUCUAGAUGUUCUAAAAGAAUAUGAAAUAAAAAUUGAGCAGAUUUACACAAUAACCACCGAUAAUGCAGCAAAUAUGAUUAAGUUAAUUAAGCUAUUAAUACUACACGAUGAAGAAGAUGAUGACCUUAACGAUUAUUUAAUUAAUGAUGAUUUAAAUAAUAAUGAUAUAGAUAAUGAUGAUUUAAAUAAUAAUGAUAUAAUUCAUGAUGAAAAUAAAGAACCUUUUAAUAUUAAAAAUAUUAAUUGCAUCAAAUGCCAGAUCCAUAUUAAUAGUGAACAAUUGACAAUGGGUGAUUUUUAUGCUGCGUGGAUCAAAUGUCUCAUGCAAACGAGUAAAGUAUACACUCCAUUUGCCAGACUUUUAGUUUCUACGAUGAAAGCACGAGAAAUAAAUUUCAAAAAUGAAAAUAUUGAAAUUCUAAAUACUAUGCCUACGUGUUCGUAUUCGAAGGAUAAUUUAGAUGAUGAUUUUGAAGAUUUAUUAAAGUCGCAUGAAAGUCUUAAUAAGAAUAAUUCUCAGGGCAUCGAAAAUUAUAAUAAAUGUAUAGAAAUAGAAUAUAUAAUUCGGUCAUUUGAUAAUAUAGAGAGAUUAGAAAAAGAUACUAAUCUUUUGAAUUAUUGGGAAAAUGUAAAGAAUAGUAUGCCAGAACUUUAUAAGUUAGCUAUAACUGUGCUAGCAGUUCCAGCUACGCAGGUCUCCGUAGAAAGAGCAUUUUCAAGCCUUAAGUUUAUACUCUCUGCGCAGAGAACUAAAUUAAAUCCUGAAAUAUUAGAAAAUAUUUUAGUUAUCCGUUCGAAUUCUCUUUUUAAACCUAAAUAG